AUGGAUGUGAGACAUUUGCACUUCCAUAUCUUGGUUUCUACCCUUCUUUCAAGUCAAACAAAGGAUGAAUCUACAGCUGCUUGUAUGAAUCGUUUGAAGAAACAUGGGUUGACUCCUCAGAUAAUAUGUGAAAUGUCUAUAGACUCCUUGACGAAAAUUCUUUAUGGUGUUGGUUUCCACAAUAAUAAAGCAAAAUACCUAAAGGAAGUUUCUAAAAUAAUUAUUGAAAGCUAUUCAGGAAAAGUUCCUGACAAAUAUGAACAAUUAAUUAGCCUUCCGGGGAUAGGCCCCAAAAUGGCGAACUUAGUAUUACAGACUGCUUUCAACAAGGUAAAUGGGAUUUCAGUAGAUACCCAUAUGCAUCGCAUCUUCAAUCGUAUUGGGUGGGUAAAAACUAAGUCACCAAAUGAAACAAAAUAUCAUAUGGAAAAGAGGCUACCUCAUUCCUAUUGGAGACUUGUUAACAAGGUAUUUGUAGGGUUUGGACAAAUAAUAUGUAGACCAGUUAAUCCUAAGUGCAGUGAAUGUGUCAUCAGGGCACUUUGCUCUCAUGGACGAAGAAGGCAUAAAACAGGUACUAUAGAAAUGAAGUACGAAUAA